AUGUCGAGCGAGCGCCAGUCUCCAGAGUGGGGAGUACGUGCACUGAAGGGCCCCUUCGGGCGUCUCACAGUUCCCUUACCUGCAGAUGCAUACAAAAGAUGCCGCAUUAGUCGCCUGUGUUGUCACUUGUUUAACAUGAGAACGCGAACAGUUGGUCGCAAUCAUAUUCGUGCAACGUAUGGCACACACUAUAUGUUGUAAUAAAUACAGGUCGCGGUAGA